AUGUGGAAGGGAGACAACCUAGUGGGGAACCAGGGUGCAGCCAUGGAGGGCACAGGAGAGCUGGCGGGACAGGGGAGCCUGGGCCUGGCAGAUGCCCCAGGCUUCUUGGCCAGGGCCCCCCCGCCUAUCAUGGCCCCCUGGCCGUUGCCCCUGGCCUCCUCAGCCCUUACCCUGCUCCUCGGAGCCCUCACGUCCCUUUUCCUGUGGUACUGCUACCGUCUGGGCUCCCAAGACAUGCAGGCCCUGGGGGCUGGGAGCCGGGCUGGAGGGGUCAGUGGUGGGGCCUGCUCUGAGGCCGGCAGGUCAAGUCCAGGGGGCACUGGAGACCGUGGGGAACGACCCAGGACAGAAGGCCUAGUGAGUCGCCGGCUUCGAGUCUAUGCCAGGCGCUACUCCUGGGCCGGGAUGGGCAGGGUGAGGCGGGCAGCUCAGGGUGGACCAGGCCCUGAGGGAGGGCCGGGGGUCCUGGGCAUUCAGCGUCCAGGCCUCCUUUUCCUGCCAGACCUUCCCUCGGCCCCCUUUGUGCCACGGGAUGCCCAGCGGCAUGACGUGGAACUCCUGGAGGGCAGCUUCCCUGCCAUCUUGCGCGACUUUGGGGCUGUGAGCUGGGACUUUUCAGGGACUACCCCUCUGCCUCGGGGCUGGUCCCCGCCCCUGGCCCCUGGGUGCUACCAGCUCUUGCUGUACCAAGCAGGCAGGUGCCAACCCAGCAACUGUCGCCGGUGCCCGGGGGCCUACAGGGCACUGAGGGGGCUGCGGAGCUUCAUGAACGCCAACACCUUCGGCAACGCUGGCUUCUCUGUCCUCCUGCCUGGGGCCCGGCUCGAGGGCCGCUGUGGGCCCACCAACGCCAGGGUCAGAUGCCAUCUGGGCCUGAAGAUCCCCCCUGGCUGUGAGCUGGUGGUUGGUGGCGAGCCCCAGUGCUGGGCUGAGGGGCACUGUCUACUGGUGGACGACUCCUUCCUGCACACAGUGGCACAUAACGGAUCCCCUGAAGAUGGGCCUCGCGUUGUCUUCAUUGUGGACCUUUGGCACCCCAACGUGGCUGGGGCUGAGCGCCAGGCCCUCGACUUCGUCUUUGCACCAGACCUUUGA